AACCAACACAAAAAUCAUAUCAAUAAUUUCCCAAUCAUAAUCUUUUACUUAAUUUCUCAUACCAAUCCCAUUAAAACCACAACUAUAACUAAACCACUACCUAAAACUUACAUCAUCAUCUCAUGCAUUCACCACCAUUUUGAUCUUUUGCUUUCCCUGCAACCAAACUGUUUUUCUUUGUAAAAAUGCUCAGAAUUUUCAACAGAAACUUCAAGCGCCUCUGUUCGAGACUCCGGUGGCCGGUUCGACGCAGGCCUAAACCGAAGAUUUUGAUCAAAAAGCUUGAAAAAUCCAGCUCAAAGCUCCAGUUAGAGCAGAAAGAGUCUUCCAUUAUUAAUAGCUCAGCAGCUAUUCAUCCUAAUGGAUCAAAGUCAAGAAAGUCAGUCCGUAUCGCGACGUUUAAUGCUGCCCUUUUCUCCAUGGCGCCUGUCAUUCCCAAGACUGAGAUGUUCUCUAGUUCUGUUUAUGAAAAUGGUGAUUUCUCAAAGGUUAAAAGCCCCGGUGAUGUUAAUUUCAGGACUAAUUCGAUGGCUGAUCGUCCGAAAAGUAUACUAAAACAGAGUCCCCUGCAUCCAACUUCAGUAAGCUCAGAGGAUAAUUUGUCCAGGCAACAAAAGUUUGUCAAAUCAAAGUUAAGGGUAUCGAUAAAUUUGCCGGAUAAUGAGAUUUCAUUGAAGAGGAGUGGGCAAUUAAGCUUCGUUGAAGACGAUAAAAUGGAUUCUUCGAAAGGAAAAGGCCAGUUGAGAUCCAGUUUCAGCAUGCCUACAAAUGGGAUGCCAGUGAUUAAUGGACAGAGUUUCAGGAGUACAAGAACAGUUGUUGAAGUGUUGAGAGAAUUGGAUGCUGAUAUAUUAGCUUUACAAGAUGUGAAAGCUGAGGAAGAGAAAGAUAUGAAGCCUCUCUCUGAUUUAGCUGCAGCUUUGGGGAUGAAUUAUGUUUUCGCGGAGAGUUGGGCUCCUGAAUAUGGCAAUGCUAUCUUGUCGAAAUGGCCUAUAAAGAGGUCCAGAAUUCAGAAGAUUUUUGAUGACUCUGAUUUCAGGAACGUUCUGAAGGCUACAAUCGAUGUACCCCAGACAGGAGAAAUUGAGUUUCACUGCACCCUACUUGAUCAUCUAGACGAAAACUGGCGAAUGAAGCAGAUAAAUGCCAUAAUUGGAUCCAAUGACACUCCUCACAUUUUGGCUGGAGGACUGAAUUCUCUUGAUGAAACAGAUUACUCAUCCGAAAGAUGGAGCGACAUUGUAAAGUAUUACGAAGAAAUGGGAAAGCCAACGCCAAAGCUUGAGGUGAUGAGAUAUCUAAAGAGUAAGCAGUAUACAGAUGCCAAGGACUUUGCAGGAGAGUGUGAAUCAGUAGUCAUGAUCGCGAAAGGGCAGAGUGUCCAGGGUACAUGUAAAUAUGGAACUCGGGUUGAUUACGUCUUGUUAUCACCAGACUCUCCUUACAAGUUUAUUCCAGGAUCAUACUCGGUUUUCUCAUCGAAAGGGACUUCUGAUCAUCACAUUGUGAAAGUAGAUGUAACAAAGGUAGAUAUGAACUCUCAGCAACAAAUUGGCAGUAGGAGAAGACACAAACCGAAGCAACAGAGAAUUGUGAAGAUAAACAAUUCAUCACCAUCCACAAAAGGUAUAUGGAAAACAAACACUGUUAAGAGAUAGAUGUUGCAUAAAAGAAUGUCUGACUUAAUUUUCUUGAUUUGGAUUGGAUUGGAUUGGUUCAUUUCUUUUUUCUUGUUAAGGAGCAGAGUAUAAUUGAUGUCUGCUAGAAAUAUGAAAAACGUAGUUAAGACACAAGUAGUUAAGACACUCACUUUGAUACUUCCUUUCCUGUGUAUAUAUGAGGCAAUCAAGACUUAUUCAUGUAUUUUGUAUAUCAAAAAAAUCUAGUUUUCUUUGUGUUUCUUA